UGAGCAGACACGGAUUCAGAAUUGAGGACACAGGCCACAUGUAUGUGAUCCAGACUCCGUCACACAUCCAGAUCCAGUGGCUCCACAGCUCAGGACUCAUGAUCCUGGAGGCCAGCAAAGCCAGCGAGGCCCAGGGCCGUGGCCUAUGCGGUAUCUGUGAUGGGGAUGCGGCCAACGACCUCAGCCUGGAGGAUGGCUCUGUGGUGGGUGAGGCUGAGGACCCCGCUCCCUUUCUGGACAGUUGGCAGGUGCCCAGCUCCCUGACCUCUGUGGGCCAGACCCGCUUCCGCCCGGACAGCUGUGCCACAGCUGACUGCUCGCCCUGCCUUCGAAUGGUGUCCAACCGCACCUUCAGCGCCUGCCACCGCUUUGUGCCCCCAGAGUCGUUCUGUGAGCUGUGGAUCCGGGACACCAAGUACGUGCAGCAGCCCUGCGUGGCACUGACGGUGUACGUGGCUAUGUGCCACAAAUUCCACGUGUGCAUCGAGUGGCGACGCUCUGACUACUGCCCCUUCCUGUGCUCCAGCGACUCCAUUUACCAGGCAUGUGUGGCAGCCUGCGAGCCCCCUGAGUCGUGCCAGGAUGGGCUGCUGGGCCCGCUGGACCCAGAGCAGUGCCAGGUGCUGGGCGAGGGCUGUGUCUGCUCUGAGGGCACCGUCUUGCACCGGCGCCACUCGGCACUCUGCAUCCCCGAGGAGAAGUGUGCCUGCACCGACAGCACGGGGGUGCCUCGGGCCCUGGGGGAGACCUGGAACAGCUCCCUCAGCGGAUGUCGCCAGCACCAGUGCCAGGCUCCCAACACCAUCGUGCCAGUGGACUUGGGCUGCCCGGAGCCCCGCCCCGAGACCUGCCCACGUUUUGGGGAGGUGGCCUUGCUCCUGCCCACCGAGGAUCCCUGCUGCCUGGGGACGGUUUGCGUGUGUAACCAGACUCUGUGUGAGGGCCUCGCCCCUACCUGCCGCCCAGGCCACCGACUCCUCACCCACUUCCAGGAGGACUCCUGCUGCCCCAGCUACAGCUGUGAGUGUGACCCAGCCCUGUGUGAGGCAGAGCUGGUCCCCAGCUGCCGCCAGGACCAGAUCCUGAUCGCGGGUCGCCUGGGGGAUUCGUGCUGUACCUCCUACUUCUGCGCCUGUGGCGACUGUCCAGAUCCGAUCCCCGAGUGUCAGGAAGGAGAGGCGCUCACGGUGGACAGGAACACCACAGAGUUCUGCUGCCCUCUGUACCAGUGUG